AAAUGAACAGUGGAAAAGCAGCCAAAAUUAGUACCCUGAUGUAAUAAUUAGGGGUGGGUGAUAUGGCACGCUAUUUUGGGGUAUAAUAUUCAUGAUAUUAAAACAUUUUGGCAAUGUUAUUGUGUAAGAUGCAUUAUACCACAGUUAGUUCCAGCAAUGUGAUAUGUGUUUUAUAAGUGACAUUAUUAGCUCCAUGUAUUACUUCACCACAUACAGGUAACCUAGCAACAAUACAGCGCUUACAAGCCAAACAGAGCAGCAAUGGAACUAUUAACUCGAGGUGUGUUUAUAACCAAACAAAUUUGGAUUUUCUCAUCCUCUUUAACUCAAAAUCGUAGAGGAAGGAACUGUGGUAUAAUUGCAAUAGUGCACUCGAGGUUCGUGCUAUAACGUGUAAUAUUGGUAUUGCUACAUUCCCUUUCGUGUAAUAUUGCCUUAAUAUGGCACGCCUCUACUCUUUAUGGCUGAAUGUUUAGAAUCUUAAUCCCAUAUUUCCUCCUAAAUAUUAAGAUUCUUAACACUCUUGCAGUAACAACGUCUAUUCUUUUGGAAAGAUGUUCCUCUAGAUUAUCUUUAGAAAAUUCAAUUCUGUAGCUCUUCAGUUGACAAACCACUCAAUUACAAAGAUAUAUUUUAUUUUUUUGAGCGGUGUUUUUUCAUUCAGAAAACAGGCCCACUGUUCUAAAUAAAUAAACCGCUCCAGCAUAUUCCAGUGGUUUGGGUGGUGACUCAUUACUCACAGAUACACACUCCUAGAUAAUAAACCACUGCUCUUACUAUGUUGUUUUGCUCCAGCAAACACAAGUCCAUUUAUUCUAGAAAAGACAGACUUCUCCAUAGAUUAGAAAUCAGAUUUCCAGUGCUAGGUCUUAGGCAUUGGGAUUGGUGACCUUGAGCUCAUGCAGCUGCUCAAAAAGCUGGUUUGUGAAAAUUGCUGCUCUAUGGAGAUUAUGAAGCAAUACUAUGUUGAAGACUUGUAUCAUUUGUGGGUACCUUAAACAUCUGAAUUCCCUCAUUAAAGAGUGUUUGCAAUUAUUUUUUUGUGGCCUACGUUGUAAUAUUGACCCAGAUGUGCAGAUUCUGUAUGAUAAAUGUGCCUUUUGAAUGUCCUGAAAUUGUCAACAUCUUGUGAUAAGAUGAGAUAGCAGGCUUACUUUAAUUAUUUUAAAUCUAAUACAAGUGUAGACUGUACAACCGGUUCAACUCUGGUCGUAUCUCCCUCUCUCUCUCUAGUUCUCUCAGGCUGCCAGUUCAAUACUGAGCCCAUCAGUACCAGAGGGUAACACGCCAUUAAUAAUGCAUCCUGGCAUGUCCAGGACAUUAUAUCAACUAGUAAGUCUUUAUGAAAUAUGCUCAUCAAUGUUAUUGACAUUGGAGCUAAAAGGGGAGGUAAGCUUGUCAGAGUGCAUGCAUCCUUUUAGCAUCAAAUCUAGUCCUGACUGCGAAGUGGAACACAGUAAAAGAACUGUAACAUUACAGGAUUACAGAAGGAAAGCGUUUAAAGGAUUCUUAAGCUGCCGAUGUCACGCAUGUGGCAUGUGACAAAGCAAUGUUCUUUUAAGUACAUGUAUAUAACUAAACUACACAUUCUAUACACUGAGUUUCAUAGUGUUAGAAGAAAUCCCCAUCAUCUUAAUCCCGAGAGGUUGAAAGCAUGCUGUGAUUCACAUUACUGAAAGAAAUACUUCUCCUAAAAGUGUUGGAAAAAAUUUUAAAUGAUUACAGCAUUCAUCUCCAAACAUACAGGACAAGGCAAAACAGUCACUAAUUUUUAAAUGGUAAUGAAUAUACCAAAUUAAUAUUGAGCUAAUAUGAUUCCAUUAGUUACAAAAUUCUGAGAUUCAACUUCUAGUUGUACUCUGUAUGUGAAAAAAAGUAUGUGGCAAACAACCUUUGAUUUGAUUUGAGAUGAGGUACACUUAAAAUAUUUAAAACAGUUUUAUUAUUGUAACCAUAAAGAAUUGCAACUCAUUUUUUUUACAAUGUUAAACUGCUUUUUAUUUGUCUUUAGUCUGCAAAAAUGUGUGUUCAAUAUGCUUGAACAUAAAUUCUUGGUACACUUGAACCAUAAAUUCUAACUGAUUUCUGAAUUUGGUGAAAGGUUACAUUUAAGUCACAUUUAUAUUAAGUUUAAUUUAUUUUGAUAAAUGUUGGUCAUAUAAAAUGUAAUCAAAUCAAAUGCAUUUUGAAACAACAUUAUGAAAUCAAGUCAUGAAAAGAGACUAGAUAGUAAGUGUUAACACUCAAAGUCUUCCUGUUAUAUUAAUAAAACCUCCACCUCGAAUAUUAAUGCUAAGCUUGUAUGCAUGCGUGUGUGUAUGUGUGUGUCAGGGUGUCCAUUUGUUCUCUUUUUAAGCUCCUCUUCAAUUCCUCUUCUAAGAAAGACGACUGUGGGAUUAUGUGGCUGCUAUACAGUAGUAACCCUGCAAUGGGAGUAUUCACUCCUGCAUGAUUAUUUUCCCAUCUCUGACCUCUACUCCUGUUGAUCAACAAGUGCCCUUAGUGGCAGCAGUCACUCUUUUUCCUGUCAUGCUCUGCAUCACCUUUCACUGUCCUAUCUGGAACUGGGUCCCAAUUAACUUCAUUGUAAAGCCCUGAACACAGAUUCAGAGACCUCGCUUAGGGGGAUGCAACAGAGAGCAAGAGGUGGAGGAGGGCAAAAAGCCUCUGAGCUUUCCAUUAAUUCUCUCUUUCUCUCUCUGCUCACGCAUGGACUGAUCAGUCCCCUGCCAGACUGACCAGAGCAAAGUUGAUUUGCUCCUCUGCUGAGGGGAAAACAGGAGAAGUAGGACACGCGAGAGGAUUAAGAUUAUAUAUUAAAAACAAUACAAAAAAAAAUCUGCCUGGAAUCAAAAGUCUGAAAAACAGAGUGAGAGAAGACAGAAGACGGGGUGAGUCACUCAGCGGAAGCUCAUGUCUGAGGGAGUCAAUCAUUCCUGGAGGGGCUCUGUCUCUCACCCUUUCUCCAUCACUCUUUCCUUCCACUCACGCCUCACUCCCUCCACUGACCUUAUCGUAGCCAUUCUCCUCAUCAUCACAGGGGUUGUGUCUGUAACAGGUAAUGGGGUGGUGUUGCUGAUCCUCGGCCGGAAGAGGAAAAAGCUCAGAACUCAUGAGCUGAUGACCAUAAAUUUAGCUGUGUGUGAUUUCGGCUACAGCCUGCUGGGGGCACCAUGUGUCGUAAUGUCAAGCCUGUUUCAUGGUUGGAUCCUUGGAGACUGGGGCUGCCUGUGGUACGGGUUUCAGGGUUUUGUGUUUGGGGUCGGCUCCCUCUUCACAACCUGUCUCAUUUCUCUGGACCGCUGUUUCAAGAUCUGCAGCCUUCGAUAUGGUCAGUGGAUUGAGAGGAAGCAUGUGUCUAUGUCCAUUGUUGUGAUGUGGGCCUACACUCUUUUCUGGGCCUCCCUCCCUGUGUUUGGUUUCGGUAGUUAUGGCCCUGAGCCGUACGGGACCAGCUGCUCCAUAAACUGGUGGAGAAUGAAUUCAUCUCUGAAUGAAAGAAUCUACAUCUAUCUGAUGCUUCUGAUGUGCUUCAUCAUGCCCACUCUCAUCAUCCUCACAUCUUACACUGCCAUCAUAAUCACGGUUUAUCGCUCUGGUCGCACAUUGGCCUCCAUUUCCUCAUCUUCUGUCAGCCACGGAAGCAGCAAAGACCUGCGUCUGACCAAGAUAGCAGCUGUGGUGUGUUCCUCGUUCCUCAUAGCCUGGACGCCAUACGCCAUCAUUUCAUUCUAUUCUGCUCUCACCAUGAAGGAUGAGCAGGAAGAGUCCACAGGAGCUGGUAUGGUGUCAGGAAUGCCAGGAACAGGAACUGAACACACCGGUGGUGAAUUAUUGGACUACCUUAACUUGCACUCCUUCAUCAACUGGACGUCUACAGAAAGCUAUGGAGAUAUGUAUGACUCCUGGAGGAAUGUGACCCCAGAGCAGUACAGCUAUCAUGGCACUACAGUGGGUUCUAAUGCUGACAGAGCAGAACAUCGAGGUCACCGGCCUGCAUCCAACCUGAGACCCGAGGUCACUCUGAUCCCGGCCAUUUUUGCCAAGUCACACUGCAUGAUCAAUCCAUUUAUCUACCAGAUCAUGAACCGUGACUUCAGAGAGGACGUCUAUGACAUGUUCUGCUGGUGUGGGGAGAACAGAAAGAGAAGGAGACGGAGAGGGAGAGGAGGAAGUGAUUCUGAUGGUUUUCGUAGCAGCAUCAGUCUUUCUUACUCUCAUAUCUGGAGGAGGAGAAGCACAGAGACCUCACAUUCAUCUGGGGAGCGUGGGAAAAAAGAGGACGAUAUGGGAAAAGGAAAGGGACAGACUCAUGCCUGGCAAGACAACACCUCUUCAGUAUGGGCAUCCCAUGAUGCUGCCAGCGUGGACACAGAGACCAAUGUAAACAAAGAGCAAGGGAGCAGAAGACACAAGGGGAAGAAGAAAGUGGAAUCGACGUCCAGUAGCUUGAGCUGUAAGGACUGAUGGUAGAAACAAUCUAGGUCUAUUUCAAGUUAUUAAAUCAAUUAUUAAUCUUUUGCUCUUCUGUAACUGAAAUGUAGCAUAGGCUAAAGUGUGUACGAUCUUUAAUCCGUCUGUAUAAGUGUGCUCUUCCCUAUCCCUGGCCCUCCAGGAUUGUCUGAAUCUCACAUAAAUUAAGCUCAUCUGAUCUGAUAAGAACUGUAGUGAAGUUUAAGUUUAAGCUAAAGUGAUGUUUUAAUAUAAACAUUUAUUUUAGAUUGUAUUUAUUUUUCUGUAUUUAUUGUAUGUGCAAAAAAGUCCUUUCACAAAAUAUUACAAAUAAUAUUAAAGUCUGACUAAAGAUUUGUCUCAGAAUAUUCUCUAUUCUAUAGAAUUCCCAGUUUAUUUUUAAGUAAUGCAAUUUAAUGUUGUAUAUAUUGCAACAUAACUUUGGUAAAAAUAUUGCCAACUCUGUAAAAAGCCAAUGCAAUUCAGCUGGUAAAUAAAUCCACAUACACAUAUCAAAGGUGGACCUCAGGGAAAAAUAAAUACUUUAAACCUUCUGUGUAAUAUUUCAAUGACUCUUUCAACUGAGUCUUUUUCCUUACAAAAACACACUUGGGAAAUGUAUACAGCAUUAUUUAUUAACAAUAAUAUUCAAUAUAUUAUAAGUUUUAGCAGCUUUGCUGUUGUGUCUAGAGGUCA